AAAAACUGACAAAAAAGGAAUUAGAGCAACCAACGAAAAAGGCGUCAAGAGCUGUAGAAGAAGAAAGAGCUGAACACCAUGGCAGUUGCAUCUCAUCUGUCCAAUUUCUCUUCUGUUUCUGUGGAUCCUCCUCGUUCAAUUUCCUUUUCUUCUUCUCUCCUUCACACCCCAAGUAAUUUUCUUCCUAUACGUAACAAGCACGCUUCACCCAGAACAAUCCACGGCACGUGUGUUGGCAUCAAUGGCUCCGGCGAACGAAAGAAACUGAUUUCGAUUCAGGCCAUGGCUCCCUCUUCGUUCGGCUCCAGGCUUGAGGAGAGCGUUAAGAAGACUGUGGCUGAUAAUACAGUUGUUGUUUACUCCAAAACUUGGUGCUCGUAUUCCUCCGAGGUGAAGAUAUUGUUCAAAAGACUUGGCGUGGAGCCACUGGUUAUUGAAUUGGACGAACUGGGUGCCCAAGGGCCACAACUGCAGAAGGUGCUGGAGAGGCUGACUGGACAGCACACUGUUCCAAAUGUUUUUAUUGGGGGCAAACACAUUGGUGGUUGUACAGAUACUAUAAAACUAUACCGGAAAGGUGAACUUGAAACACUGUUAUCAGAAGCCAACGCUAAAAAUAUACAGAGCUAGUUCAACGGACGGACAUGAUCACCUUGCAAACCUUGGAACUUCCUUCUAUCUUAACCAACUGAAAAAAUUCCCUUCAACUUUUGUAUGUUUUCAGAAUUUUGAAGUGCUAAAUAACCAACCCAGUCAAUGAAUAUAUUAAACAGGGCAGCUUCGUUAUUACAAUAAGUUUACUGGAAUCUUGAAUUUGCUCGCACCAAAACACUCUCUGGAUUAGUGGAUCCGGUGAUGAUUAAUAAGGGCAGGAAGCUAAUAGACAUCAUUAGAAGCACUGAGAGAUUUUAUUGGUGCUGUUUCUCAGCCAAUCUUUUGAUCUGCUUUCAGUCUGUUUUUUAAGCUUACUUUUCUUCUAAUACUUUCAAUUAUACGUACAGUGUGAUUCCGGCAUAAUCCAUGUCAAAGACUGAAAAUAGCCUGCAAGAUAUUCUAGCUGUUGGUUCCUAGAAGAAUGCAAUUUCACUUUCUUUCUUAUGAGGCUCAUCAACAUAGUAUGGCUCCUUAUCUCUUUUAAGAAUUUAAGAGGAAAUGAGUAAGAAUCUAUGUUGACUUGGGUAAAUACCAGUAAAACCAAAAUUUUACUGGCAGAGAAAAGGAAAAGACCGAGGAAAAGACAUGCAAUUUGAGAAACAAAA